AUGGCGCCCGCGAUUACUGCUAAGUACGACUGGAUCCUUGCGAUCACAACUAUUGCUUUCGUUUUCUCUGCGUUCGGUAACGGUGCCAACGAUGUCGCCAACUCCUAUGCCACAUCUGUGGCUGCCCAGACCUUGACCAUGGUACAAGUCGGUUUCUUGUCCAUUGUCACUGAAUUCGUCGGAGCUGUUGCUCUUGGAGCCCGUGUCACCGAUACCAUCAAGAACGGAAUCAUCAAUAUCGAACGCUUCCAGGCUCCUGCUGAACCUGGCACACUCAUGCUCGCCAUGGGAUGCGCUGAAGUUGGCAGCGCUGCUUGGCUGAUGUUCGCUACGCGUGCUGGUAUGCCCGUUUCUACCACUCAGACCAUCGUCGGUGCUCUGGUUGGUGUCGGUUUCGCAACCAACGCUGGAGUGACCUGGGGUUGGGAGUCCGGUUCCGUCUCUCAAGUCGCUGCUAGUUGGGCCAUCGCACCUCUCAUCGCUUGUGGGUUCAGUGCGAUCAUCUUCGGCACCGUCAAGUACGCCGUCCUUGAGCGGGAAGACUCCUUCAAGUGGGGUAUGAGGCUCAUCCCAUGGUACUUCGCUGCCACGGGAGCUAUCCUGGCUUUGUUUAUCGUUGUCGAAACCCCCACGGCGCCCUCUCUCGAGGAGUUUGGUGCUGGCAAGGCUGCUGGUAUUAUUCUUGGAGUCUUCGCUGGUGUCCUAAUCUUCAGUUACAUCUUCUUCAUGCCCUACCUCAAGCGCAAGUUAAUCCAGAAAGACGCUCGUAUGCGCAUCUGGCACAUUCCUCUCGGACCUCUGCUUCUCCGCGAGAACCCUCCCCUCUACUUCGCCGGCAAGGCUGACGGCGAGUACGUAAAGAACUACUACGCCGAUGCUUAUGGUGAGGUUCGUGCUCAAGGCCAGGAAUUGCGACAGCGCAACACCAACGGACUGAACGACGAGGAGAAGCAGCCACAGGGUGUUGAUGACAUCCAAAAGGGUUCGCCAGGAAGCAGCAAAGAUGGCCUUCCUACCAAACCCGAGGAGGCCAAAGCUUUGGAAGAAAAGAUCAAGAAUGAGCCAGACGCUGUUCCUCAGCUCUCGAAGAAGCGCAAGCAGCUGGAGCCGUACGAGCGAUUUAUUGGUCCUGUCAAGGAGUUGUCUUGGGCCAAUCCCAAGAAGUUCUGGGGUUACUUCAAGUUUUGCCUGCUCCAGGGUGUUACCCGCGAUGUCAUCACCCACGACAGCGACAAGCUUCGUGACAUCCACGCUCGCGCCAACCGUUAUGAUGUGCGCGUCGAGCACAUGUGGACCUACUGCCAAGUCAUCUCUGCCAUGAUGAUGUCCAUCGCCCACGGUUCCAACGAUGUUGCCAACGCUGUCGGUCCUUGGUCUGCUGUGUACCAGACAUACAGGGAGGGUGUCAUUGCCACUGAGUCGGGCACUCCCAUCUGGAUGCUGGUCGUCGCCGGCCUGUUGCUUGGUCUCGGUUUCUGGUUCUACGGAUACCACAUCAUGCGUGCCCUUGGAAACAAGAUCACUCAGAUGAGUCCUACCCGUGGUUUCGCUACUGAAUUGGGUGCUGCCAUCACCGUGCUACUGGCUUCCCGCCUGGGUCUCCCAGUAUCGACAACGCAGUGUUUGACCGGUGCUCUCAUCGGAACAGCCUUGAUGAACUACGACCUGAAGGCUGUGAACUGGGCCCAGCUGGGUUUCAUCUUCAUGGGCUGGGUCGUUACGCUGCCAGCUUCUGGUCUCAUUGCUGGACUGCUCUGCGUUAUGGCGCUGAACACGCCUCAUUUCUAA